AUGGCAGCCUUCCAGUCUGCUACCACUGCACAUACUGCGACAGAUCCCAGAGUUCAGUGGGCCUUCCUGUCUGCUACCCCUGCAGCCUUCGUGUCUACUACCACUACAUCCUUCCUGUCUGCUACAACUGCAGCCUUCCCGUCUGCUACCACAUCAGCCUUCCUGUCGGUUACCACUGCAGGCUUCCCGUCUACUACCACUGCAGCCUUCCAGUCGGCUACCAAUGCACCCUUCCUGUCUGCUAACACUGCAGGCUUCCCAUCUGCUACCACUGCAACCUUCUCGUCUCUUACGACUGCAGCCUUCGUGUCUACUACCACUACAUCCUUCCUGUCUGCUACAACUACAGCCUUCCCGUUUGCUACCACAUCAGCCUUCCUGUCUGCUACCACUGCAGGCUUCCCGUUUGGUACCACGGCAGCCUUACAGUCUCCUACCACUGGACGUACUGACUACAGAUCCCAGAAGUCGGUGGGGAACCGCCAUCUUUUUAAACUUGGACUUGCCUGGGAGAUCUGCGACUCUGGCUUCCUGACUGCUCCCACUAGAGUCUUCCGGUCUGGUACCACUGCGGCCUUCCUGUCUGCUACCACCGCAGCCUUCCUAUCUGCUACCACUGCAGCCUUCUUGUCUGCUACCAUUGCAGCCUUCCUCUCCUCUAUACUGCAGGUACUGACUACAGUUCCCAGAGGCUUUCUGUCUGCUACCACUGCAGCCUUCCUGUCUGCUACCCCUGCAUCCUUCGUGUCUACUACCACUACAUCCUUCCUGUCUGCUACAACUGCAGCCUUCCCGUCUGCUACCACAUCACCCUUCCUGUCUGCUACCACUGCAGGCUUCCCGUUUGCUACCACGGCAGCCUUACAGUCUGCUACUACUGCACCUCCCACUACAGUCUUCCGGUCUGAUACCACUGCGGCCUUCCUGUCUGCUACCACUGCAGCCUUCCUAUCUGCUACCAUUGCAGCCUUCCUGUCUGCUACCACUGUAGCCUUUCUGUCCUCUACCACUGCAGCCUUCCUGUCUGCUACCACUGCAGCCUUCCUGUCUGCUACAACUGCAGCCUUCCCGUCUGGUACCACUGCAGCCUUCCUGUUUGCUACCGCUGCAGCCUUUCCGUCUGCUACCACUGGAGCCUUCCUGUCUGCUACCAAUGCAGACUUCCUGUCUGCUACCCCUACAACCUUCCUAUCUGCUACCAUUGUAGCCUUCCUGUCUGCUACCACUGCAGCCUUCCUGUCUGCUACCAUUGUAGCCUUCCCGUCUGCCUUCCCGUCUGCUACCACUGCAACCUUCCUGUCUGCUACCACUACAGCCUUCGUGUCUGCUACCACUACAUCCUUCCUGUCUGCUAACACUGCAGCAAUCCCGUCUGCUACCACAGCAGCCUUCCUGUCUGCUACCACUGUAGGCUUCCCGUUUGCUACCACGGCAGCCUUCCAGUCUGCUACCACUGCACAUACUGACUACAGAUCCCAGAGUUCGGUGGGGAACUGCCAUCUUUCCUUCCUGUCUGCCAUCACUGCAGACUUCCCGUCUGCUACUACUGCAGCCUUCCAGUCGGCUACCUCUGCAGGCUUCCCAUCUGCUACCACGGCAGCCUUCCAGUCUGCUACCACUGCAUGUACUGACUACAGAUCCUAG